AUGCAUUGGUUGACUCGAUUUGGAAUGUAUAUUUGUGGACGUUAUGACAUGCUCAUAAUUUCCUUUGAUUUAGCUGAUGAGAUAUUUACUGAAGUUCCAAACGUUGAUUUUAAUGUCGACCAAAAAAUUGGCGACUUUCACCUAACAGUUCUGGGAGAUUGUCUUGUUGCUGCUAUAACUUUGCCUCACCAAAAUGGUGGAGCAAUAAGAAUUUGGGUAAUGAAGGAAUACAAUACGAAUGAGUCUUGGAUGAAGGAGUUCAUAAUUGGAGCUUAUACAACAACAACAAAUUCUGGCAUACAACAUUUGCAACCAUUGAUAAAAGUUUUAUGCCUGUCGAAGAAUGGAGAGCUCUUGAUGGAUUAUAGAUGGGGAAAUUUGGUUUCAUAUGACCCUCAAAAUGGUGUCUUUAGGCUUCUAAAGUUUCAGGGAAUAUCUAAUUUGUUUCAGGGGGUGCCUAAUUUGUUUCAGACAAUUGUUCAUGUUGGUGGCCUUAAUUAG